GGGCGGGCCCCGGGGCCACGGGUUGAGCGGCUCUACCGUUCAUCAGCCACCACAACAGAUGGAGCUGUGUUCACCUCUGCUGAAGUCAGUGAAGUUGAGACCGGGAUCAGAGGCAGCAGGGCUGAGUCAGCCUGCAGGAACUAGGAAGUGCGAUCAUCAUCCCUGAUUCAACACUAAAUACGGCAGCGAACAGGAGCAGAUAUGUCCGCAUCUGCCUCACAGUCGGAGCUGAGGCUGGUGGUCCUGGGUCGGUCUGGGGCAGGAAAGAGACAUGCAGUCUGCAACAUCGUGGACCUGCAAGACCUCGAGCAGGGCGCUGAUGCCAUCCAGGAGUGCAGCAAGCACAGAGGAGAGGCUGCAGGCCGGCAGGUGGUGGUAGUCUCCUGUCCAGCCUGGUUCGGCUCAGGCUGCGACCCAAAGGAAAGGAGAAGACACAUCUCCUCCUUUAUCGCCUUAUCCAGCCCUGGACCACAUGCCUUCCUGCUGUGUGUCCCUGUGAACCAGCCAGCUGAUGAAGAGGCCAAGGCGCUGGACGUCCUGCAGGAGCUGUUGGGUCCCUCUGCAGUCAGCACAAACACCAUCAUACUCUUCACCCACACCGAGGAGCUGGAGGAGGACGAGCAGCUGGAGGAAUACCUUGCCACAUGGCGCAAGGACCUCCAGGAGCUGGUGGAAAGAUGCGGCGACCGCUACCACACCCUGGAAACCCGCAGCGGAGAACCAGAGGAGAGGAAAGCUCUUGAGGAGCUGCUGGAGAAGGUUGAGCAGGCUGUGAGAGAGAGCGGGACACAGCACUUCAGCUGCCCUCUGUACCAGGAGGCUGAGGAAAGAGUGAGAGAGAGGCAGGUAGAGAUAGCGAGACAGAGGAGAGGAAAGGUGUCUCCCACAGACUCACCACCAGAGGAAGAUGUGACGGAAGAAGAGAAGGAAGCAGUCCGGGAAGAGGCAGAGAGGAGCGUGGAUGACCUAAAUGUGGAUCUCGAUAGUAUCUUCCCCUCUGCCUGUGUCUCACCUUCCUCCCCUGCUCCCUCUUUUCUCUGGGGCUUGUGGGAAAGGCUGACAGGCUGGUUGAGGUGGCUGCCCACUCUUGUGAGAGGGGAGGCCCUGCUGGGAGCGUUGGUCGGCCUGUUUGUGGGAGGGCCGUUUGGAGGUAUGAUGGGGGCCACUGUGGGCUCAGUGGCUACUGAGGUGGGGAGAAGAAAAGCAGAGAAAAAUAAAUAAGAAAUAAUCUCACAUUAAUGUAUCAUGCAGUAAGUUGCACCUUAAAGUCGUUCCACUGUGUUCAGAGCACCAGUGUAUUAUUGAGCUAUUAGCUUACCAGCUAACACUUGUCAAAGAAGUAUUUAUGCUUUGACCACUGAGUACUUAUUUCCUCUUUCAGAAUGGGUUGCACUCUAAUAAAGUAUACUGUGUUGUAUAAUGGCUUUAUUAUUGGUUAAUAAAUAAUGAUUGAUAGAUCGGUAAUAACCCAACAACAGCUGGGUUGACAGGUUUGAAAAAUUACUUUUUCCUCUAGUAUAACUUGCUCAGCUUAGUUAUUAAUCUUUAUGGUUUAACUUACUGAACAAGUUAUAAAUGUAAAUGAUUAAUUAUGUCAUCUUCCACUACAGUAAUCCAUUCAGUCCCCAGAUCUAAUCCUGGACUUGGCCACUUGGGGGCAGCAGAAACAAGCUGUGUGAACACAACAUAACCCUCUUAUGUUAAUAUGACAAAUUUGUUAGUAAGCAGCUGCAUAUUCAAACAAUAAGUAGAUAUGUAGCAACAUUAGCGUCCAUUUGGAGUUGAGCAGAUAAUGUGCAGUUGGUUUUCAGUGCCUUUUGUGGCCAGAAAAGAAGCUGUGAGAGCAGUGAAAUUGAACCAAAACCAUAAAAUUGUGGGUCAGAAAAAAAGAAAACAAUGAGCUGAAAAACACCAAAAAUCUCCAUAGAGCUGAGAGCAACUGCAGAGUCGGUGGGUUCAUCAUUAUGAGCGAACCGUUUCGCAUACAAGUAGUGGUUUUAUCCAUUGUUCUUACACAAAUAUUGAGUAGUGCAGCUUUAACUAAAAACCAAAAAGCAGGUGUCAUAUCUUUGGAGGCUAUACUGCUACAGCUAAGUAGAGUCUUCAAAACGUGGCAAUGAUGAGUCAUUUAGUGAUUAUUAAGGAAAAAAUAAAUUAUUUAUUAACCUUUAAAAUCUUAUCAGUAUCAACCUUUAAACCCCUUUUUUAGACUUUUUGUGGUAAUGCAGAUGGUAACACUUUUCCAAAGAGGCAAUACUAAGAAACGUCCACAUGGUGGAGACAUUGACUUUUAUAUUGGAGAAGAUUAAACGUUUGAGGUGAACUGCGAGAUACUUAUUUACUGCUUACCAAGCAAAUAAAAGCUGCUGUUUUAAGGACA